AUGUCAUAUUUUGAUGAACAUGAUGAAGGUCGUAUACAGGCUGAAACAAUGGAAAUUGCUGUUGCACUUAUUUGUCAAAUUUCAUCACAAAAUAAAAAUUAUAAACGAAUGAAAGAACAAGUGGAUCGUUUAAUACAUCGUCAUGAAAUUUUAUUUACCGGGAUGCUUCGUAAACUUGAUUCAUUAUCAAUAAAAAUUAAUAACAAUGAAAAAAAUCGUCAAGAUAGAAUUGAUGAUUUACUUUGUCAUGAUUUAACAACAAUAUUUAAUCAUUUAAUACAAAAUGAUGAUAUUAGUUGGGGAAAAAUUAUUACUAUUUUAGCAUUUAGUACAUUUAUUGCUAGAAAACACAGUGAAAUAGCAGAUCGAAUUGCACAUGUUACUGGACAGUAUAUUGUUAAACGAUUAACAACCUGGAUUAGAGAUCAUGGAGGAUGGGUAAAUUUAAUAUAUUAA